AUACACACAGCGGUACGACGCGUUUCGUUUCAUCCGGCGGUUUUAAAACAGCUUCGGUUUGUAGUUGAUCUGAGGGAUCGAGUCGGUUUGAUUCAAGUGGCGCGUUGAGUCUUUCAACGUCAUUAAAUUACUCUGUUCACACACGUACGUGCCUCGACUCGUUUUGUAUAGAAAUGGAAGCACACAAAAUUGAUAUUGAAAAGCUAAUUAGCGAAGUAGAGAACCGACCGCCACUUUGGGAUAUGAGGAAAAAGGAAUACAGCGAUAGGGUUAUGAGAAGAAAAUGUUGGGAGGAACUAGUAAAUUUGUUUGCAAAAGAAAACAGCACAAUUGACGAAAAGAAUCAGUUAGGUAAUGAAUUGCAUAAAAAGUGGAAACAUAUCCGAGACAACUUUUCAAAAGAUAUUCAUCAAAGGAAAGGAAAGUCAGGGGCUGGAGCUUAUCGGAAAGCUCCUUACGUUUAUACACAGAGGUUACAAUUUCAAUUUCUCACAGAUAUGAUACUGCCCAGACAAACCACCAGUUCAUUGGAUAAUGAAUAUUCAUCCGAAUUAGGUACAAAUAACCCUGAAACGCCCACUUUAAUCUAUAAAGAAAAGUAUAAUUCUAAAAUUGGGAAAAAAGGACACACCCGGUCGAAGAAAAAAUAUUACAUUCACUUGAAAAUUACGAAAAAAGAGCAAACAAGAUGAUGAUUGAAGAUGACAAUUACAUCUUUGCACUUUCCUUAGUACUUUCACUUAUUGCACUGCCAAGACAUUUAAAUACAAAAUGCAGGAUUGAAAUAAUGCAGACUAUUUCGAAAUAUGCAACCAGGAUCGAAGCAAAUCAGACAUCAGUUACACCACCACCACCACAUCAGCAAACGUAUUCCAUAACCCAUUAUCCCAGUCAGUCAGGACUUGUACAACAUCCACAAUAGCAGUAUGGAGUAUCUCAGAAUGCCGCCAAACAACAGAUAAACUCCACACUACCUCCAGCUCCUUCACCAGCUGAAUCAGUUAGAAGCUAUUAUUCCCACUUUUCGGACGACGAUUCCUAGUUUAGUAUAUUUAAUAUGAAUUGAAUAAAUAUGUUAUACUCUUAUGAUGUAUGAAAGAUUGUG